AUAUAAGAGAGCAGGAGGGAGGAGAGCAGAAGUGAUCCCAAGGCGGUGUCGGCAACAGCAGAGAACUGCACGUGGACCUGUGCUGUGAGGACCUGAUUCGCCUAGGUUGGCAGGUUGCUAUGGCCCAAUCACAAACGGCUCCCAUUUGUCUUGUGGAAAACCACAAUGAACAGCUGACAGUGAACCAGAAAGCCAUAGAGAUUCUGGACAGGAUUUCUCAGCCAGUGGUGGUCGUGGCUAUUGUUGGAUUGUACCGUACAGGGAAGUCCUAUUUGAUGAACUGUCUGGCGGGACAGAAUAACGGCUUCCCUCUGGGCUCCACUGUGCAGUCUCAGACCAAGGGCAUCUGGAUGUGGUGUUUGCCACACCCCACCAAGCCAGAGCACACCCUGGUCCUCCUGGACACUGAGGGCCUGGGGGAUGUGGAAAAGGGUAAUACUAAGAGUGACUCCUGGAUCUUUGCCCUCAGCGUGCUUCUGAGCAGCACCUUCAUCUACAACAGCAUGCACACCAUCAACCACCAGGCCCUGGAGCAGCUGUAUUAUGUCACAGAACUCACUGAGCUGAUCAGAGCAAAGUCUUCCCCAAAUCCUGAUGGAAUAAAGAAUUCCACAGAGUUUGUGAGUUUCUUUCCAGACUUUGUCUGGGCUGUUCGGGAUUUUACACUGGAGCUGAAGUUAAAUGGGGAAGAAAUCACAAGUGAUGGGUACCUGGAGAAUGCCCUGAAGCUGAUCCCAGGCAACCAUCCCAAAAUCCAAGCUUCCAAUUUGUCCAGGGAAUGCAUCAGAUGUUUCUUUCCUAACCGGAAGUGUUUUGUCUUUGACUGGCCAACACAUGACAAAGAACUCUUACAGAAACUUGAGACUGUCUCAGAAGACCAACUGGAUCCUAAAUUUAGGGAAGGAACAAAGGCUUUUGUUUCUUACAUCCUCACUUAUGCCAAGAUCAAGACCCUCAGAGAGGGAAUUAAGGUCACGGGAAAUCGUCUGGGGACUCUGGUGACUACCUAUGUGGAUGCCAUCAACAGUGGAGCGGUGCCUUGUCUGGAUGAUGCAGUGACAACUCUGGCCCAGCAUGAGAACUCAGCAGCUGUGCAGAAGGCAGCUGACCACUACAGUGAGCAGAUGGCCCAGCGACUGAGGCUUCCCACAGACACGCUCCAGGAGCUGCUGGAUGUGCACACAGCCUGUGAGAAGGAAGCCAUUGCUGUCUUCCUGGAGCACUCCUUCAAGGACGAAAAUCAGCAGUUCCUGAAGGAGCUGGUGGAUUUAAUAGCCGAGAAGAAAGAGCUUUCCUUGUUGAAGAAUGAAGAGGCUUCGGAUAAAUACUGCAAGGAAGAACUGGAUCGGCUUUCAAAGGAUUUUAUGGAAAAUAUCUCAGCAUUUUCUGUUCCUGGGGGACACAGGCUCUACAUGGACAUGAGGGAGAAGAUUGAGCAUGACUACUGGCAGCUUCCCCGGAAAGGGGUGAAGGCAAGCGAAGUCUUCCAGAGCUUUCUGCAGUCACAGGCCAUCAUUGAGAGUUCCAUCCUGCAGGCAGAUACAGCCCUCACUGCUGGGGAGAAGGCCAUUGCAGAGGAGCGAGCCCAGAAGGAGGCAGCUGAGAAGGAGCAGGAGCUGCUAAUACAGAAGCAGAAGGAGCAGCAGGAGUUGAUGGAGGCUCAGGAGAAAAGUCACAAGGAAAACCUAGAGCAACUGAGAAAGAAGCUGGAGCAGGAGAGAGAGCAGCUCAUCGAAGACCUUAACAUGACGCUGGAGAAGCAGCUGCAGGAUCAAAAGGCUUUCCUUGAGGAAGGGUUUAAUAAGAAAGCUGAAGAAAUGAAUGAAGAGAUACAGCGCCUGAGACGUAACAUCGAGGAUAUGAAACAAAAAAAGGUUUCCUUUGUGGACCUCAUCGCGAGAGAGUGUGCCUCACUUUUUUUUUCUCCCAUUUCACUGAUUGAAAGGGUUGCAAGAGGCAUUGAUUAAUUUUAAAAUAGGAAAUGAUAGACUGUGAUAUACUCUUUGAUUCAUUUUGAAGCUGCCUGUUUUCCAUUUUCACUCUGCAGCAAAGUUUAACAUAAAAGAGGGCAUCUGUGCCCUGUCUACCUGAUAUAGAACAGCUCAUACAUGUCUGCACAGAUAAUGCUUGCCUUUAGAGAACAAAUUUUGAAACCAUUUCUAUGGAAGCGAUGCAAUUAGUCAGUCAUUAUAUGUGAUUACUGUUAGCCAAUUUGACUGGAUAUAUAAUCAGCUAGGAGACAAGGUUUUCUGCAUUCCUAUGAGGACCAUGUAGUCCAGGUUAGCUUGUAGGGGAUUAUCUCAGGUUAAUAUGGUAGGGAACCCUUCCUAUGUGUGGGCAGCACCAUUCCUGUGGACUGAAGUCACAGCAGAAAGAUGAAACAAACCACCCUACCGUUUGUGUCUUCCUGACUGUGGAUGCCAUGCAACCAGCCAGGCUCGACUUCUCUCAGAAUGGAUUCUCCAUCCUUGACAGAAUGGAUCAUCAUGAUACAUGGACUGCAACAAACCCUUUAUUAAGUUGCUUUUGUGAGGGUAUUUUAUCACAGCAAGAGUAAGUCAUUGAUAUCAUAAUGGUGAGAAGCCUGGAAACUACUUAAACAUCAUUGAGUUAGAUUGGCAACAAAUAUGACUUGAUCCUGGAGUAGUAUAUAGUGAAGAAACAAAUGACAGUCAGGAUAUUGUAUGAUGAUCUAAAUUGAGCUUAAAGAUAUCUUUAAAAAUAAAGUCAAAACACCAUACAACCAUGUGAUUACUAUUAGGAAUGCUAUUAUCCCAUGCAAACACACAAGAACACAAAUGAACUGCCCUCUGGAAGACUAAUAAAAAGCCUGAUCCACUGACUUCAUCUAGGGAGAAUAAGUUGGAGCCAAAAGUUGAAGGGGUGCAUUCAUUCCAUGACGUGCUCAGUCUUACAUGUUUCAUGAAGAAUGCUGGGAAAGCAUAGUUUCAUUUUAAGAUAGUGACAAUAAGUUAGAACUCACUAGUGCAGGAUGAAAUUUCUGCUUCUAGAAAUGGGAAAAGCCACUAUAAGGCACCUAAGACCAAUACUUGAGUACCAGGAACCAUAACAUUUGCAGCUUAAUGAUGUUUUCCUUUGUGGCUUUUUAAAAUUAAUUAAUUAAUUAAUUUUGGCUUUUUGGAUUUGGUUUGGUUUUUUUUGAGACAGGGUUUCUCUGUAUAGCCCUGGCUGUCCUGGAACUCGCUCUGUAAACCAGGCUGGUCUUGAACUCAGAAAUCUGCCUGCCUCUGCCUCCCAGAGUGCUGGGAUUACAGGUGUGCGCCACCACCGCCUGGCGUGGCUUUGCUUUUUUAAAAGCAAUUUAAAUACAUUUUAUGUAAACCAAUAUAUCAAUAUAUGAUUUCCACAGAGAGUCAAUAUAAUUUAUUCGUUCCAAUUUUACAUCAUAUUUAUUUAUUUUCAAAUUAACAGGGAAACUGGAUUAAAAGAGAAAUGAUAGGGUAGAGUAUGAGAGAAUCCAUGGGGCACAUGGGAGUUGAACAGAUAGAGAUGGCUCAGUGGUCAAGAAUACACAGUGCUCAUCCAGGGAAGCUCCAUUCCUGGGGCAGGUAACAGCUACAUGUAAAUCUAACUUCAAUGGAUCUGACUUUCUUUUCUGUCCCCCAUGGGCCAAUGGUACUUCCAGCAUAUAUCCCUAACUUACACAUACACCUAGUUAAAAAUAAGAUCCAUGGGAAUAUACUGUUAACACUGAUAAUGAGCCAUAUGAGUAGAGACUCAAGGACCCUUAUUAGUGCACUCAUGAACAUAAGGUAUUUAGAGUACCUACCCACCCCCAGCUCCUCUAAGACCUCCUCACAUUCCCCUCCCUCCUUCAUGUCUUCCCCUCCUCCUCUACCUCUUCCUCUUCCUGCUUACUCUGAAUAAAUUAAUGGUGGACUCACAUCCCUGGGUAUUAGACAGCAUCUGCCAGACCAUGGACAAUUUAUCAUGACUCACACACACUCUCCCUCUCCCACUGACCAAAUAUCAACUGCUAGUAGUUCCUCAGCCAGGGGAGGGGCCUCAUGAGCUCAUCGCCUCUCCAUGUUGGAUACUGACUGGCUUGAUUGUGUGUGUAUCUUGUGCCGACAACCGUACCUACUGUCACACCUCCAUCAUAUCCAGAAAAUAUAACUUUAGAACAAUGUGAUCUUAUUUUUUUUAAAGAUUUAUUUAUUAUAUGUAAGUACACUGUAGCUGUCUUCAGACACACCAGAAGAGGGCAUCAGAUCUCUUUAAGGAUGGUUGUGAGCCACCAUGUGGGUGCUGGGAUUUGAACUCAUAACCUUUGGAAGAGCAGUCGGUGCUCUUACCCACUGAGCCAUCUCUCCAGCCCCCGUGAUCUUAUUUUUAAAAUACUUACAUUUAUUAUUUCAAAAUUAAAGUGUUGGCAUUCCUAUAAUUUCUGGAGUCUUGGAGAAGUUUACUUCCUCUCUCUUAAUAGCUUGUAAGAUGUCAUGUUCAAAGGAAUGAACUGUGGAAAGGAGAGGUCUUGGUGCUGUUUUAUUGGGGGCCAUUUUGUUUGCUCUGUGAAAGCCUGCCUGCCAGGCAAGUCAAGGCAGUCAGGGUCUGCUGUCAGAUUUCCUGGCCUGCUGACUCAUCGAACAAUAAGAGAAAAUGCACUUGAGGCUCAAGGCAAGGGGCUGAAUGUUCUAUUAAUCUUGGUGGAAGGAACAGAGAGGCGUCUGGAUGGGAACAGAUAUCCUGUGUGUACUUUAGCCAUUGUUACUGCGACCUUGUGACUUUGUUUCCCAUGGUACUGUGGAUAUAGGAAGGCUAAGAAAAAUAAACUUGAGGCUGAAGUGGUAUUCACCUGCAGCCUUCCCAAAUCUAA